AUGGGGGAGCCCAGCCUAGACGACGCCAAUGUCAAGGUGGCUGUUCGUGUACGGCCCAUGAACAGAAGAGAAAAGGAAUUAAACACAAAAUGUGUUGUGGAGAUGAUGAAGAACCAGACGAUCCUCCAUCCUGCAGGAACUAACUUGGCCAAGGGAGACUCCAGGAGUCAGUCCAAGGUCUUCGCCUAUGAUUACUGUUUCUGGUCCAUGGAUGAGUCCGAUAAGGAGAAAUUUGCUGGUCAGGAGGUGGUGUUCCAGUGCCUUGGGGAGAGUCUCCUCAAUAACGCCUUCCUGGGCUACAAUGCCUGUAUCUUUGCCUACGGACAAACAGGUUCAGGAAAGUCAUACACCAUGAUGGGUUCAGGGGACCAACCAGGUCUGAUUCCCCGACUGUGUAGUGCUUUGUUUGAUCGAACACAGAAGGAGCAGCGGGAGGAGGAGAGUUUUACUGUUGAGGUGUCCUACAUGGAAAUCUACAAUGAAAAGGUCCGAGAUCUGCUCGACCCCAAAGGGGGAAGGCAAACACUAAGGGUGAGGGAGCAUAAAGUUUUGGGUCCAUACGUGGAUGGCCUUUCUCGAUUAGCCGUGGCCAGCUAUAAGGACAUUGAGUCUCUAAUGUCAGAAGGGAAUAAGUCUCGGACUGUUGCUGCUACCAACAUGAAUGAGGAGAGCAGUCGAUCACAUGCUGUCUUCAACAUCAUCCUUACGCACACGCUCAAAGACUUGCAGUCAGGGACAAGUGGGGAGAAGGUGAGCCGGUUGAGUCUUGUAGAUUUGGCUGGAAGUGAACGAGCAGCAAAGACCGGCGCAGCAGGAGAAAGACUAAAGGAGGGAAGCAACAUUAACAAAUCAUUGACUACACUAGGCCUAGUGAUAUCAGCACUGGCUGAACAGGGAACUGCCAAGAACAAGACAAAGUUUGUCCCAUACAGAGACUCUGUUCUGACAUGGCUACUAAAGGACUGCCUUGGAGGCAACAGUCGCACAGCAAUGGUUGCAACUGUGAGUCCAGCAGCAGACAAUUAUGAAGAAACCCUUUCAACUUUGCGUUACGCUGAUCGGGCAAAGAACAUUGUUAACCAUGCUGUUGUUAAUGAAGACCCCAAUGCUCGCAUUAUCAGAGAGCUCCGAGAGGAAGUAGAGAAACUACGAGUGCAGCUGACCCAGGCUGAGUCUCUGAAAGCUCCAGAACUGAAGGAGCGUCUGGAAGAGUCAGAGAAGUUGAUUCAAGAGAUGACCAUCACUUGGGAGGAAAAACUUCGCAAAACUGAGGAGAUUGCACAGGAGCGUCAGAAGCAGUUAGAGAGUCUGGGAAUCUCUCUCCAGUCAUCUGGGAUUAAAGUUGGAGAUGACAAGAGCUUUCUUGUAAACCUCAAUGCUGACCCUGCACUCAAUGAGCUGCUGGUGUACUACCUGAAGGAUCACACUAAGGUGGGCUCAGCAGACUCGCAGGAUAUCCAGCUGUGUGGGAUGGGUAUCCAGGCAGAGCACUGUAUCAUCGACAUCACAUCAGAGGCUGCUGUCAUCCUCUCCCCCUAUCGCAAUGCCAGGACAUGUGUUAAUGGUUCUCCAGUAACCAGCGCCCUGCAACUUCAUCAUGGUGAUCGAAUCCUGUGGGGUAACAACCACUUCUUUAGGAUCAACUUGCCUAAGCGGCGUUCUCGGAAUGGUGAUGAUGAGGAGGGUGAGGGUGGUGUGAUGAAGAACAGUGGCAGCAGUGAGCAGCUGGAUGCAGAUGGUGACACAGCCAGUGAAGUGUCCAGUGAAGUUAGCUUCUCCUAUGAGUUCGCCCAGACAGAGGUCAUGAUGAAGGCUUUGGGGAGCAAUGACCCCAUGCAAGCAGUGCUCCAGUCUCUGGAGAGGCAGCAUGAAGAGGAGAAACGCUCCGCACUUGAGCGUCAGAGGCAGAUGUAUGAGCAGGAGCUCCAGCAGCUUAGACGGAAACUGAACCCAGACCGUUUGUCAGGCCAACCUGGAGCACCGCCGUCUGGACAACAAGGGCAACAGUCUCAUUACCGCAGCCUGGAGAGACUCAGUAUGGGUGGAAUGAGCCAUUCAGCUAGUGCUCAGAGCAGACUGAGGCAGUGGAGCGAAGACAGGGAGGCAGUGUUGGUAAGGAGUCUGCGUAGGUUGAGGGAGCAGAUAGUGAAAGCAAACCUUUUAGUGCAAGAAGCCUGUUUCAUUGCUGAGGAACUGGAGCGACACACAGAAUACAGGGUCACCCUCCAGAUCCCAUCGGACAACCUCAAUGCAAACCGCAAGAGGGAUGCUGUUCUCAGUGAACCAGCAAUUCAGGUUCGACGUCGGUGUCGUGGGAAGCAGAUCUGGAGUUUGGAGAAAAUGGAGAACCGUUUGGUGGACAUGAGGGAGCUUUAUCAAGAAUGGCAAGACUACCAACUCCAUGACCAUGACAAUCCGGUGAUGCGCUCCUAUUUCCGGCGAGCUGACCCCUUCUUUGAUGAGCAAGAAAACCACAGUCUGAUUGGGGUUGCCAAUGUCUUCCUUUCCUGUCUUUUCUAUGAUGUCAAGCUGCAGUAUGCCAUUCCCAUUAUCAACCAGAAAGGAGAGGUGGCAGGGCGUCUCCAUGUGGAAGUAGUGAGGAUUGGAGGUGGUUUAGAGGACAGUAUGGCUGGAGGUGAUGAGUCUGACAACAACCAAGACAAUGAAAUCACUGAAAUCCAAGACCGAAAACUUGUUUGCAUGAUCAAGAUUCUGCAGGCUACUGGUCUCCCUCAGUACCUAUCCAACUUUGUCUUCUGUCAGUACUCCUUUUGGGAUCAGCCUGAACCCAUCAUCGUGGCUCCUGAAGUGGACCCAUCCUCCUCCUCACCAAGCACCAAGGACCCACACUGCAUGGUGGUUUUUGACAGCUGCAAGGAGCUGGCAGUGUCAGUAACAGAGGAUUUCAUCGAGUACCUGACUGAGGGUGCAGUUGCCAUUGAGGUAUAUGGACACAGGCAGGCUGAUGCAGGCAGAAACCCCGCCCUGUGGGACCUGAGUAUCAUCCAGGCCAAAACACGCACACUACGAGACCGGUGGAGUGAGGUAACUCGUCGUCUGGAGUUGUGGAUUCAAAUCUUGGAGAUAAAUGAAAAUGGAGAUUUUGUUCCAGUAGAGGUCGUUCCUGCUAGAGAUGUUCGGACUGGGGGAAUCUUCCAGCUUCGGCAGGGUCAGUCAAGGCGAAUCCAGGUGGAUGUACGUUCAGUUCAGGACUCCGGCACCAUGCCUCUGAUUUCAGAGAUUGUGCUUGCAGUGUCAGUGGGCUGUGUGGAGAUCCGACCCUCUACAGCCAACCAGGAGGGAGAUGAGAUGGACAGUUAUCAGGAAAGAGAUCUGGAGCGUUUGAGACACCAGUGGUUAGCAGCUCUCACCAAGAGACAGGAAUACCUUGACCAGCACCUACAGAGCCUGGUCAGCAAAUCAGAAAAGACAGAGGAUGACAUGGAGAGGGAGGCCCAGCUGCUAGAAUGGCGUUUGACUUUGACUGAGGAGAGAAAUGCUGUUAUGGUGCCCUCUGCUGGCAGCGGUAUACCUGGAGCACCGGCAGAAUGGGUUCCUCUACCUGGCAUGGAAACUCAUAUUCCUGUCCUCUUCCUGAAUCUCCGAGCGGAUGACCUGAGCUCUCAAGACCAGUUUGAGGUUCCUGAGGCUGGAGGUUGGGAUGCCACUCUGAGUGGAGAAGAUGAAGAUGAUUUCUUUGACCUACAGAUUGUUAAACAUUACGAUGGAGAGGUGAAAGCAGAGGCUUCAUGGGACUCUACUGUCCAUGAGUGUCCCCAGCUCAGCCGUGGGGGGGCGUGGCCUGAGCAACGAGUCUACCUGACAAUUCGAGUGGUAGUUCAGCUCAGUCAUCCUGCUGACAUGCAGCUGGUCCUCAGGAAGAGGAUCUGCGUCAACGUUAAUCCAGGCCGCCAGGGUUUUGCCCACAACUUCUUAAAAAGGAUGUCAACCCGCAGCACCAUACCUGGCUGUGGGGUUACUUUCGAGGUGGUCUCCAACAUCCCUGGGGAUGCUCCUGGUUCAGAGGACAGGGAGAUGCUGGCCCGGCUUGCUGCCAAUGCACACAACAGCCAGUCUGGUGAUGACGAAGCUGCCAUUGAAAAAUACCUCCGCAGUGUCCUCAGUCUGGAGAACAUUCUGACCCUGGAUAGACUCAGACAGGAGGUGGCAGUGAAGGAACAACUGACAACAAGAGGAAAGAGUAACAGACGGAGCCUCAGUUCUCCAUCUGUUCACAGGCUGUCUGGAAGUAGACAAGACCUGUCCACAACCUGCCUGUUGGACGAUAAGGUUCGAUGGGAGAGUCAGCAGGAUAUCUACAUGCCAUCUCAGAUUAACCGCACCCUCCCACGUCCAGCCUCUUCCCCCUCCACCUACUCCACCUCACCGUCCCCAUCUCCUACUCCCUUCGGUACAACCCCCCCACAGAACCAGGAACAAGAGCAAGGUCGUUCAGGACUUGCUGCCUCUUAUCUUUCAGUUAAGGCGCUGGUUCCUCAGAUGCCCAAACUGCUCAAGUCUUUGUUCCCAGCUCGAGAUGAGAAAAAGGAGCUGAGGCCGUCUCCACAUAACCAGCAGCAGCACGUGCCUCGCAUUAUGAUGUCACCGGGGGGAGAUGAGAACCAAGUCAAGCCUGACAUGGCCAAUAUUCUACGGCCAGCAACCAAAGACAGGCGGGCAGAGUUCCCAGAAGUCCCUCCUCUUCCUGUGCAUGACCCGCAUGACACCACACCCCUCAGCCCCCUCAGCCAAUCAUCCAGUGGCUACUUCUCCACCAGUGUUUCAACAGUAACCCUGUCCGAUGUCCUCAACCCCUCUUCCUCGUCUUCCUCCCUACUGGCUGCCGAGACUACAUUACCCACAAUCCCCCAGCCGCAAAGUGCUGACAGGAACGAUGUUGUGACCUCUCCUCCUCAGUGUGGCUCCAAGAUGGCCGUCAUCACUCCAGCUUCUUCAAACACCUCAGCCAAUCACGACAAUGGCACGACACAAAACUCCUUCUCCGAACAGAGGCAGGUUAACUCUGGAGGAGGGAGUGAAGGCUUUGAGAGGCUGGAGAUUUUUGUGGAUGAUGAGGAGCGUAGCCAUGACGAUUCGCUUCCUGACUGGCUGACAGAAGGAGCGUAUGUUACAGUAGGAAGCAAUAAGGCGGGAACUGUGCGCUACAUUGGAGUCACACAAUUUGCUGAGGGAGUGUGGGUGGGAGUGGAGCUGGAUACCCCUGUAGGUAAAAAUGACGGUUCGGUCGGCGGUCACCGUUAUUUCCACUGUAAACCGGGUUACGGAGUGCUGGUUCGUCCGGACCGCCUGUCCUGUCGAGAUCGGAUCAGUAGACGCACAGGAGACUUCGCUGCCCCUGCCCACGUCCCUGUACUGCGAGGAGAAACUCUUGUUGCCCGCCGGGGGGAGAACCGCAAGUCGUGGAGCAGUUGAGACAGAGAAACAAGGAGGGGGAUGGGAGAGAUGAACUCCCCAUAGCCCCCAUCCUCCUCCUCCUCUUCCUCUCCUCUUCUCUUCCCAGCUAUGCAACAGGUUGACACAUCACAACGGACAUACUGCCUACUUUCUGAUAGUUGGAAACUACACUCAUUACAUCCAUUCACAGUUAAUGGAUGAAAAUAAAUGAUAAAGGAAGACUGACACAAAUGCAAGUAAGUGAUUGAAGACUAUGCAGAGUAUAGAGGUCUACAGAAGGACUGCUGUAUUUAUAAUGGAGUGGGGACUAAUACUAAAUGAAUGGCAGUCAGCAGGAAGACUGCUGAGAGGGAAUGAAGUCACUGCAGACUGUUUGAUAUCUGGAGUGUCAGAACUCUCCAGGGUUGUGGAUUGGAUGCUUCAGACCGGACAACUGGCCUCAGAGCUGCUUCCUGAGCAGAUACACAGGGAUGCAAACAUGUCACAACUAAUGCAGGACUGGUCCCAGGUCAUGCAUAGUUAUUGUUUGAAUUGUAUAUUAGUGCAUAAUUUGGCUGAUGAGCUGUAAAAAGCUAAGGAAGUGAACACUUUUGUCCAUACGAAAACCUUCAUAUUCACAGUUUCUGUCCAGGCCAGUGGACUUGUCCUCUGACUAAUUUGUCUAUUGUCCACGGUCAUAUUACAUCAUUGUUCUCCACACAAUGGUCAUCUCUCUGUAGUCAGCCAUGAUAGAAACUGUUAAAUGGGGAUAUUACCCACUGUAAUUUGUUUUCCAUGGAAAGAAUGGAGUGAAUUUAUCAACAUUUAGGUGAACAUUUUUACUGUAGCCUUUCAGGACUGUUACAGCAUGUUCUGCUGCAUUUUGAACUGUGGGAUGUUUGCAUUCCUGGGGGAAAAAAAAACAAACAUCUGAGACUCUGUUAAAGGUGGGAAUCCCACCUGUUUGCCUGGUGUCCCACAAUCCUCUGCUCCUGCUGCCACAUCCCUGAACUGUGCAGUUGCGGUCUGCAGACCGAAACCUCAGCUCUUUGUUUGAGACUUGCUCGUCUCUCCCUCCUGGACUCUUCUUUUAAUGAUAAAUCCUCCCAGAAUGUGCCUUCACCACGGCUUGGUUUGCAUUCGUUUUCUGUAUAUUUAAUUUCUCUUAGCUGUGUUUGUGUUUCAGAGAAUGCCUUGUGCUAAGUGUGAGGUGAUCUCAGGGACUGCAGAGGGGAAAGGACAAGGACGGGGUUAAUGUGUGUCUGUGUGACUGUAUAUGUUUGUACAGUGUUGCCUUGUGUGUAAGGUAAGGUUCAGCUAUAUAUUAUCAUAGUGUUUGAAGUGUUGAAGAUUAGAUGUUUUGAGCAGAAGUCGUCCUCAUCGGACAAAGCCACUACGGGAAUGAGCUGUUUGUAACAGCAGGCUUUAAAAGUCAAUUUUGCACUGGGGACGUCAGAGAUCUCUCCACGCAGAUGAUGGAUAAGAAGCGUCUGUAUGUGUCUCAUGGAAAAAACAGAUGGAGCAAACCGAUCAUUAGAACCAACUGCGGUAACAUGAAGAUGAUGAUGGGUUAAAAACAAAGUAGAGUGGGCCGUGUGGAUGUUGUUUUUUGUUCUUUUAAAGCCAAUCCGCUGGUCGUCUGUGAAUAACUGGUGACAUUGGAACACCAGGUGGCGCUGUGUGGAGAAAUUGGGUGUUGUGUAGGUGGUAAAGGGCACAAGUAUGUGUUGAGUGAAUGAAAGUGAGAUGGACAUACAGAACUUAGAGUGGGAAUUCCGUGCUUGAGAAAAGAAUCGAUCUGCUUCUAUGCAUUUGAUCUGAAUCGAGUUUUAUUUUUCUAAAUGAGCAACACAACUGGGAGAACAAGCUGUACAGUUUGGGAAAGUAUUAAACACGCAAGCAGCUCUGUUGAAGAAAUUACAAGUCGAUGUGGCAGACUGCGGGAUUAUUUUAAAUGACUUUUUCUUGAACGUCACAUUCCAGAGGGACUUAAACAUUUUACAGCAACCUCACUUCAGUGGAUUCAGUUCAACAUGUUUGGUUUUAGUUGUGGAGUUGAGCACGUACGUGAACACCGACUAUUUAGAUUAUGAUGCAAAUAUGAUACUUGCUUUAUAUUAAGGGGGUUAUAAUAAGCAUUAGGUGAAAGAUAAGGUCUUAGAAGAUGCUCAUUAAAUUAUUAUGUGUUAGACUAUGAAAGUAUUAAUAAUAGGAUCAUAAACCUGAUUAUAAGACAUUUCUGAGCACUUAUAAGGAUAUUUUAAUAGUUUAUAAUGUGUAAGAACAGUAAUAAAUUAAACUCAAUUAGGUUUUGUUCUCGCUUCAGAUCCAAUAUCUGCAAAAAGCACGGUUAACUAUUAAUAAGUAUCUAAGAAAGUGCAUAUACAAGUGAAAAAAGUUGAGUAAAGGCUUGACGGUGGCAUAAAAGUUGUCAAAUUCAACAAAACUCAUAAAGCUAGGAACAUCUUAAGCAGUCUAAUGUUUAUUCAAAGUGCUUCUAAAUGACUUGUAAUCUAACCAGUGUGUUUAUGGUGCUGUUGUUACCACUUGGGUUUUUAUUUCUGCAUAUUAAGCAUCUUAUUACAAGGGUCUUAUUAUUUAUUAACUGAUGCUUAUAAAAUGCAGUUCUCUAGUGGUGGAUCAUAGGUUCGAUGCAGGUUUGGGAUCAUAAAGCUGUUUGUCAUGCACACAUAUAAAUCCAUACAGACAUGCGACGGUGCGUACAUCCGGUAUACUGUGCGUGCUCAGCAUAUUAAAACACCACCAUCUCUGGGUGCAAUUUCCAUUCCUUUUAUCACGUGUCCUCCUAAUUCGAGAGGGCUGAGUUUACUAUUUAUAUUUAUAUGCUUUUACACAUGCCUUUAUCGCAUGAAAAUUAUGGCUAUUUUAAUCAAUGUUGCACAAAAUCGCUGCUAUUAGCAUUGUAAAUUUAACUGUAAAUGAAUAUUGAUUUAUCUCAAUGUUAGGAUCAUCAAGAAUCACAGAGACUUAUCUAUUACUGUAUACUAGAUUGGAAUUCAGUAUAAUAAUAAUUAUUAUUAUUUUUCAUGUAGUCCCAGACAUUUCCCUCCGAGCUGAAAGAGGAGAAACUAAAGUAAAGCAGCAAAAUAUUUUUUAAGGAGCAGUGAAUUCUUUAAAACGAGGAGGCACUUUGUCUUGUGAGCCUUUGAAGAAGAGACGAGAGGAAAAGGCUGGGAUAUUUUCUAGGGAUGCUGGGAGAAAAAUCAAAUAAAUCUCUGCCUUUUUUUUUAAUAAAGGAACAGAGAAACUAUUGUGUUGGGAGUCGGUUUGAAGGUGGAGUUUGGGAUGAAGAGGCGAUGUAUAUCAACAUACUGUAGUUAUCGUGUGUGUCAACAUGGCCUUAAAGCUUAGGACUGUGGAGUCGUCUGAUUGGUCGGUUGUUGUCGGUACUGGCAGGUUGUGAAGCGGUCCUUAGGCUGGGUGUUUGUCCUGUUUUUUGUUUUUUGUUUUUUUCCAUUAUAACAUUGUGGUUCCUAAAUGUUACGUGGUAAUGAAGGAAAGGAGAAAUGUGUGUGUUUGUGUGUGAAUGUAGGGUGGACCAGGCUUUGCAGAUUCAGUUUUGUUCCGUGAGUCCGCACUAAGAUGGGAAACAAAAGCCAGUUUAUUCCUCAAUACUAACAACUUCAGCUGAGAGCAACAACAAAACCUCCUCGCUCUGCGCUCCACUGCUCAGUCUAAACCUCCAGCCUCAAAAACUGGUGGAGUUUCCUGUCCUAGUGUUCACUCCGGCACGUCAAUUUUUUAAAAAUUUUUUAAAUUUUUUUUUUUUUUUUUUUUGGAGGGUGGGUUGAGAUCACUUCAGGCUUCUGGAUGUUCCUUUAUGUUUUUGUGCCUCAAAAACCAUGUGACUAUGUAUCUUCCACACUGUUUUCAUAUCAAUGCUUCAAUUCAUUUGCACAAAAAAAACAAAAAAUCUCCAGAGGGAAUUGAAGAGUUCAUUUGUGGAACAAUUGUAUAUGUAGGAAGAAAAUACAGAGACAAAAAAAAAGGAAAAAAAAAAGAAGAUUUGGUGUUCUCAUUUAUCCUAACAAGGACUCGAGUUACAUGUUUUUUUCUGUAUAAGUCCAGAUUUUGAGUGACACAUUUUGGAGCAUUACUGUUGAAGCUCUGUUCUUUGAAGUAAAAAAAAAAAAAAAAAAAAAAGAAAAAAGACUGUGAGUUAGUUACUGUGCGACGAAACAGUACUCCUUGUGCAAUCCAUCUUUUCUUUAGGCGAACAUCCUCGUCUGUAAAACGGUUUGCAGCAUUUGAUUUAUUAGAUAGAAUUAGUGUGGGGUUGGUAAAGUUCAGCUCAUGACUGUGUGAUGCACAUGAUCCACAGAGCAACAAGAGCCAUUUCAAAAAGGAACCGGUAAAAGAAGCUAAAAAAAAAAAAAAAAAAAA